AUCUUCUCAAGAACAAUUAUCAAUAUGCGUGCCUUCUCUAUCUUAGCUACUGUCACCGCUUUCGCUCUCUCUGUCAACGCUGCUUCUCAAAACAAGCGUGCCAUCAGUGACAAUGUUCAAAGCUGUAUCAACAACUUGACUACUUCCAAUGCUAAGCUUUUGGAGCUCACCUCUGCUGUCAAUAGCUUCACUAGUGCUUCUGGUUAUGCUGGUGCAACCGCCAUCCACAACACUGAACAAGCUCUUGAGGCUCUCCUCAAGACCACCAACACUGCUUGUUGUGCUACCACUACCACUGUCUCUAACGAAGAGGCCUCUGCUGUCUUUGGUCUUGUUGCUGAUAUUGUUCCCGAUAUUACUGGUUCUCUUGAUGCCAUCAUUGCCAAGAAGCCUGACUUUGCUGCUGUCGCUUUCGCUACUGCUAUUGUCAAGACCGAUGUUAAGGCUUUAUCUGUUCUUCUCAAGAAAUUAGAUGGUUGUUUGAUUGCUGUCACCCCUGAAGCUCUCCUUGCAAGUGCUCAAGCUUAUAUCGAUACCAUUGAUGCCAAGUUUGUCCAAGCUUUCUCCACUUACGGUAUCACCGCUUAA